UAAUAAUAAGCAUCAGGCUGCCCAACUCACGGGGUAAAAAACCCGAUCUCUUUGCCUGCUUCUGCACCAGACCUGGCCCAGGCCUGCCUAUCGUCGGACACAGGACGGUCACUAUACAGUCAAGGAGGCCUCCAGUACAGCCUCGGGAAGAUACUUUUAUUUACGUAUUUGGUUUUUGGCGAGAGGCCAUUUAUGACUGUUGGCAGAGCAGCCGUGAGGUGAGAUCCGACUCUAGGGCUGUUGUACGGGCUGUGUCCUCGCCGUCCUAGCACAGCAACGCCCAAAGCCUCAUCCUCGUCCUCGGUGGGAACCUUGAACCACCUCUCGGGACUCGGCCUGAGCACUCGGCGGCGAGUCCCGUUGGUUCAGCCGGCAAACGCUUCGGGCAUCCACUAGGCGUGGGCUAGCCGCCCCCGGGAUCCGGACGGUCACUCUGUGUGCGCGGAGGGCACUGCUCUUAGGCGUCCAAUCCCAAACUUCCCGAGGAGAGGGGGCGGACUGUCGGCGACUCUUAUCCAGAAAAAGGUGUUUGUGUCCUCUUAGCGAGGUCUCAACCGCAACCCCUCCAGUGGAAACAGGACCGCGUAGCAGCGGCUUCAGCCGGGGGGCGUGGCUCCCUCAAAGCCCCAGGAAAGGAGUUUUCCGCGGGGCUGAGGUCCCUGCGGGCGAAGGCGGAAGGGGUAAGAUUGACGUGUCCCGAGCUGCCCUUUCGAUUGCCGGGAGGGCCCCGCGCCGGGCGACGCACUAGCGGAGAGUCGCUGGGUCUGCAGAGGUGGGCCGAGGCUCCAGCCGUAGAAAGUUCCUCCGGCAGCACUGAGGACUCCCUCGAACAGGUUCCGCUGCCUUAAGGAUGACAGUCCUAGGGCACCCUCGAAGUUGGAGCUGCCGGUGGUGGCCGCUCCUGCUGCUGCUGCUGCUGCUCACAGGCCGUGAGCCGGGGGUGGAAGGUGUGACACACUACAAGGCCGGCGACCCCGUCAUUCUGUAUGUCAACAAAGUGGGACCUUACCAUAAUCCUCAGGAGACUUACCACUACUAUCAGCUUCCAGUCUGCUGCCCUGAGAAGAUACGCCACAAAAGCCUCAGCCUGGGCGAAGUGCUGGAUGGGGACCGAAUGGCAGAGUCUCUGUACGAGAUCCGCUUUCGGGAGAAUGUGGAGAAGAGAGUUCUGUGCCACAUGCAGCUCAGUUCCGCACAGGUGGAACAGCUACGCCAGGCCAUUGAGGAACUAUAUUACUUUGAAUUUGUGGUGGACGACUUGCCAAUCCGUGGCUUUGUGGGCUACAUGGAGGAGAGUGGCUUCCUGCCUCACAGCCACAAGAUAGGACUCUGGACCCAUUUGGACUUCCACCUAGAAUUCCAUGGAGAUCGAAUUAUAUUUGCCAAUGUCUCAGUGCGGGACGUCAAGCCCCACAGUUUAGAUGGGCUACGACCUGAUGAGUUCCUAGGCCUCACCCACACCUACAGCGUGCGCUGGUCUGAGACAUCAGUUGAGCGUCGGAGUGACAGGCGCCGUGGUGAUGAUGGUGGUUUCUUUCCCCGAACACUGGAAAUCCAUUGGUUGUCCAUCAUCAAUUCCAUGGUGCUUGUGUUUUUACUGGUGGGUUUUGUGGCUGUUAUUCUCAUGCGUGUGCUUCGAAAUGACCUGGCUCGGUACAACUUGGAUGAAGAGACAACCUCUGCAGGUUCUGGUGAUGACUUUGACCAAAGUGACAAUGGCUGGAAAAUUAUCCAUACAGAUGUCUUCCGCUUCCCUCCAUACCGUGGUCUGCUCUGUGCUGUGCUUGGUGUGGGUGCCCAGUUCCUGGCCCUUGGCACUGGCAUUAUUGUCAUGGCGCUGUUGGGCAUGUUCAAUGUGCACCGUCACGGGGCUAUUAAUUCAGCAGCCAUCUUGUUGUAUGCCCUGACUUGCUGCAUCUCUGGCUACGUGUCCAGCCACUUCUACCGGCAGAUUGGAGGCGAGCGCUGGGUGUGGAACAUCAUUCUCACCACCAGUCUCUUCUCUGUGCCUUUCUUCCUGACGUGGAGUGUGGUGAACUCUGUGCAUUGGGCCAAUGGGUCAACACAGGCUCUGCCAGCCACUACCAUCCUUCUGCUUCUAACGGUUUGGCUGCUGGUGGGCUUUCCCCUCACUGUCAUUGGAGGCAUCUUCGGGAAGAACAACGCCAGCCCCUUUGAUGCACCUUGUCGCACCAAGAACAUUGCCCGGGAAAUCCCGCCCCAGCCCUGGUACAAGUCUACGCUCGUCCACAUGACUGUUGGUGGCUUCCUACCUUUCAGUGCCAUCUCUGUGGAGCUGUACUACAUCUUUGCCACAGUAUGGGGUCGGGAGCAGUACACUUUGUACGGCAUCCUCUUCUUCGUCUUCGCCAUCCUGUUGAGUGUGGGGGCUUGCAUCUCCAUCGCACUCACCUACUUCCAGUUGUCUGGAGAGGAUUACCGCUGGUGGUGGCGAUCUGUGCUGAGUGUUGGCUCCACUGGGCUCUUCAUCUUCCUCUACUCAGUUUUUUAUUAUGCCCGUCGCUCCAACAUGUCUGGGACAGUACAGACAGUAGAGUUCUUUGGCUACUCCUUACUCACUGGAUACGUCUUCUUCCUCAUGCUGGGCACCAUCUCCUUUUUUUCUUCCCUAAAGUUCAUCCGUUAUAUCUAUGUUAACCUCAAGAUGGACUGAGUUUUGGGUGGCAAAACUAUUGCUCUUUCCCUUUCUUCAUGCUGCCCCCCCCCAUUCAUUGGUCUCUUACCAACAUCUCUUCGAUUGAGUGAAUGACUUGUGUGGUGGUUUUGUUGCCUUCCCCUUUGCCCUUUGGGUCUCCCUUCACCAGACAGGGCCUGGAAAUUAUAAAUCUCUAUUAUUAUAAGGAGUAUAUAUUUGAAUUUUUUAAGUUGCUUUUAGUUUUGGGCCUGAUUUUUCUUUUUACAAUACCAAAAUAAAAUUUAUUAAGAAAAA